CUCAUACGGCAUAAAAGAACACACACUGGAGAGAAACCUUAUAAAUGUAACCUAUGUGGAAAAGCCUUUGCACAAAACAGUCAUCUCAUAAGCCAUAAAAGAACACACACUGGAGAGAAACCUCAUGAAUGUAACCAGUGUGGUAAAGCCUUUGCACAAAACAGUACUCUCAUAAGACAUAAAAGAACACACACUGGAGAGAAACCAUAUGAAUGUAAUGAGUGUGGUAAAGCCUUUGCACUAAACAGUACUCUCUCAAGCCAUAAAAGAACACACACUGGAGAGAAACCUUAUGAAUGUAACCACUGUGGUAAAGCCUUUGCACAAAACAGUCAUCUGGUAAGCCAUAAAAGAACACACACUGGAGAGAAACCUUAUGAAUGUAACCAGUGUGGUAAAGCCUUUGCAGAAAACAGUCAUCUCAUAAGCCACAAAAGAACACACACUGGAGAGAAACCUUAUGAAUGUAACCAGUGUGGUAAAUCCUUUGCAGAAAACAGUACUCUAUUAAGCCACAAAAGAACACACAGUGGAGAGAAACCUUAUGAAUGUAACCAGUGCGGUAAAGCCUUUGCACAAAACAGUGCUCUCAUAAGCCAUAAAAGAACACACAGUGGAGAGAAACCUUAUGAAUGUAACCAGUGUGGUAAAGCCUUUGCACAAAACAGUGCUCUCAUAAGCCAUAAAAGAACACACAGUGGAGAGAAACCUUAUGAAUGUAACCAGUGUGGUAAAGCCUUUGCACAAAACAGUGCUCUCAUAAGCCAUAAAAGAACACAUACUGGA